UGUGCGAUAUGAUGGGAAUUUUACUGCCUACGACGGGUUUUUUCUAAAACGAGGCUGCAGACGCCACGCGGUGGGGAUGCGAGGCUCCACGUAAAAAGUAAAACAGAGAGAGAGUCGUUUCUUUGUCACGCGUAACCAUUCUUGAAAGGUCUGAGCAUUAAAAAAAGAGAAUGGCAGACGUACAAAUUGAGGUCGCGGGUGGUAUGCAAAUACCGCAACAAAAACAAAAAUCGAGCACUGGGCUGGAAUUCCUACAGAUACCACAAUUUGCACUCAGUAAUAUAGGAUAUUCACAAGCUCACGAAUGGAUUGAACAUAGAAAAGCAAAUAUCAGGCCAUGGUCUUUAUUCCUUAAUACGAGUAAUAUAAGACCUCCACCUAGUUUACUAAGAUUGAGUAAAAGAAUUGUGAGAAAUAUUGAGUAUUUCCAGAGCAAUUAUUUAUUUGUGUUUAUUGGAUUAGUUAUAUAUUGCUUGAUUACAUCGCCAUUAUUACUACUUGCUGUUGCUGUAUCUCUUGGAACUUGUUAUAAAGUUUCACAACGUCAUACUAAACAGGCACUUACAAUAUUGAAUCAUAAAUUAACAUUAGCUCAAGUUUUUUCUUUGGUAGGAGUUUGUUCACUGCCAAUCUUUUAUUUGGUUGGUGCUGGUGCAGCUCUCUUCUGGGUUCUUGGUGUAUCUUGGUUUGUAAUAACAUUACAUGCAGCAUUCUAUAAUAUUGACUCUGUAUUAUGUCCAGGAGAAGAUGAACUUAAUUCUUUAGUUAUGCAAGAAGUUUCAAAAGGAGGUACAGUAUUUAGUUUAUACUUUCAUGAUGAAAUUCGUACAAUUGAUUUUGUACUUGUCUGGGAUGAAUACAAUGUAGAAGCGCAAAAAUAUCACUGUACUGAAUAUAGACGUGUGUUUGAAAAAAAUUUGGAGAAAGAAGGUUUACAAUUGGAAUAUGAACAAGCAGAACCAAAUGGUCUACAUUUUAUCAAAAUUCAUGCACCUCGUGAAGUAUUAAGACGGUAUGCUGAAAUAUUAAAACUUAGAUUGCCAAUGAAAGAGUUAUCUGGCAUGAUAAUUCCUGAAAAUCGUAGUAAUACAUUAAUAAAAGAAGUCAAUUCAUUAUUUAAGAAAAUUAUGAAAAAAUAUUAUGUCGAUGAAACAAUAUUUCCGACUCUAAAACAUAAUUUUACGGCUGUUUAUAGUCGUGAUAAAGAAUAUUUAUUUGGUUUGGAUUCGCCAAAUUUUUUUACUGCUGCAACACGUGCUAGAAUUGUACAGUUUAUUUUAGAUAGAACCAGAUUUACUGAAACCAAGGAUGAUGAUUUUGCAUUUGGAAUAGAUAGGUUGAUUUCAGAAAAAGCAUAUGUGGCUGCAUACCCUCUUCAUGAUGGUGAUUUACAAGCACCUGAUUCUAUGAGAUAUCUUUUAUAUAAAGAAUGGGCAUGUCUGAGAAAAUGUCUUCAUUAUCAACCAUUAGAUUACAUCAAAGAAUAUUUUGGAGUAAAAAUUGGACUUUAUUUUGCUUGGCUUGGUUUUUAUACUCAUAUGUUGAUACCCGCUAGUAUCGUAGGACUUUUAUGCUUCAUAUAUAGUUGCGCGACUUUAUAUUCUAACGAACCAAGUGAAGAUAUUUGCAAUGGUAAUGAUACCAUCGAAAUGUGUCCCUUAUGUGAUCAUUUUUGUGGAUAUUGGAAUUUGAAAGAAACAUGUUUACACGCAAGAAUUACGUAUUUAUUUGAUAAUCCAUCUACCGUGUUUUUCUCUAUAUUUAUGUCAUUAUGGGCUACUUUGUUUUUGGAAUUGUGGAAACGAUAUUCGGCAGAAAUAACUCACAGAUGGGAUUUAACUGGCCUAGAUGCUCAAGAGGAACACCCUCGCCCUCAGUACUUAGCACGUUUAGCACAUAUAAAAAAAAAGUCGCUCAAUAUUAUUACAAAUACGGAGGAACCGAAAGUUCCCUUUUGGAAGAUGAAAGUUCCUGCUACAAUUUUUAGUUUUUCCAUCGUUUUGUUGCUGAUUGCAGUAGCAAUGGCAGCUGUGUUAGGUGUUGUUCUAUACAGAAUGUCUGUUUUAACUGCCUUAAGUGUUUAUGGACAUCCUAUGGUAACAAGUUAUGCAAUACUAUUUACAACAGCUACUGCAGCUAGCAUUAAUUUGUGUUGUAUUAUAAUAUUUAACUGGGUCUAUGUUUGGCUAGCUGAAUAUUUAACAGAGAUUGAACUGCUUCGAACCCAAACUGAAUUUGAUGAUAGUUUAACAUUAAAAAUUUAUCUACUCGAAUUUGUUAACUACUAUGCUUCCAUAUUUUAUAUAGCAUUUUUUAAAGGAAAAUUCGUUGGCUACCCGGGUAAUUAUAAUCGUUUCUUUAAAUACCGACAAGAAGAAUGUGGGCCUGGUGGUUGUCUUAUGGAAUUAUGCAUACAAUUAAGCAUUAUCAUGAUUGGCAAACAGACUAUGAAUACAAUAUUAGAAAUGUUGUUUCCAUUAUUUUACAAAUGGUUAAAUACUUUAAAAGUACAUGUUGGAAUGAAAACAAAAAAUGGACAAAAGAAAGUUACUACUAGAAAAUACCUUCAAUGGAUCAAGGAUUAUAAAUUAGUAGAAUGGGGUCCAAGAAGUUUAUUUCCUGAGUAUUUAGAAAUGGUACUACAAUAUGGAUUUGUUACUAUCUUUGUUGCUGCAUUUCCACUAGCUCCAUUUUUUGCAUUAUUAAAUAACGUUUUUGAAAUGCGAUUAGAUGCAAAAAAAUUGUUAACGAUGUAUAGAAGACCAGUUGGACAACGUGUUAUAGAUAUAGGUAUAUGGUAUCGUAUUCUUGGUUCCAUUUCUAAGUUGUCUGUCAUAACUAAUGCAUUCAUCAUAGCUUUUACUUCAAACUUUAUACCAAGAUUAGUUUAUCGAAUAACUGUCUCUGAUAAUUAUUCCCUUGAAGGAUUUUUAGAACAUUCUCUUUCGAAGUUUAAUACAAGUGACUUACAAAAUGGUACUGAACCAUUUUCGCUACCUACCCAUGAACAGGUUGAAAUAUGUAAAUAUCCAGACUAUAGGGAACCACCAAAUUCGCCAAACAAAUAUCAAUAUACAAUUAUGUUUUGGCACGUACUUGCAGCGAGACUAGCGUUUAUUGUUGUAUUUGAGAAUAUUGUUGCCUUUGUAAUGAUACUUGUACGAUGGUGUAUUCCCGAUAUGAAUCCAAAGUUAAGAGAUAAAAUACGACGUGAGGCAUAUAUAACUAAUGAAAUAAUUAUUCAUCAAGAAGCGCUUCGUGCUUGUGGGAGGUCGGCUGAUGUAGACACAAAUCAGCAUUUCAUUACAUUAAAUGAUAACGUAAAUCGGUGGUCUAGAGUCAUGAGAAAUAGUUUAUCUAAUUCUGAAUUUGAUUUAGAAAUUCAUGGGAGUCCUGUGUCACCAGCUAAUCCACAUACACGGGUUGGUCCCGCCGCACUAUGAUCACUUUUUAGAUCAAAUAAAUAACAAUAGAAAGAUAUAACUGUGAUACUAGUCACGCUUCUGUAUAUUGGUUUUAUUAAUAUAAUUUUCAAACAAACAUGUGAUCAAAAAGAUCUGAUAAAGAUAUU